GGGGUUAUUAUACUAAUUGGACGUCCAACUUCGUUAAUAAUUGUGCUACCGUCGAAAGAGUUGACAUACUCUUCUUCUGACUCUUAUAUCUCGUUUCCCAACUUAGUGAAUUUCGUCAAUAAGCCAAUUCACGACCAAAUUCAUCGUUUUACCUCGUAUAAAACGAGGAGGCAGCCGUCAUGAAGCUCGAUACCAAGGCCAUGCGGCACCUCACAGCCGAGGACUGGCGAGUCCUUACAGCCUGUGAAAUAGGCAGCCGCAACCACGAGCUAAUCCCCACCCCCCUAAUCGAAUCCCUCUCCAAGCUCCGCGGCGGCGCCAGCCGCGUCCACAAGUCGAUCUCGGCGCUCGCCAAGGUCGGGCUGAUAGCGCGGGUGAAGGAGGCCAAGUACGACGGGUACCGCUUGACCUACGGAGGCGUCGACUACCUGGCGCUGCACACGUACGCGUCGCGGAAGGAGGUGUACAGCGUCGGGAACCGGAUCGGCGUGGGCAAGGAGAGCGACAUCCUGGUGGUGGCGGACGAGACGGGGACGCAGCGGGUCCUCAAGAUCCACCGGCUCGGCCGCAUCUCCUUCCGCACCGUCAAGGCGAACCGCGACUACCUGCGCAAGCGCCAGGGCGGCAGCUGGAUGUACCUGUCGCGCCUGGCCGCCGAGAAGGAGUACGCGUUCAUGCGCGCCCUGCGCGACGAGGGCUUCCCCGUGCCUGAGCCGCUGUCGCAGAGCCGCCAUACCGUGCUCAUGGAGUUCGUCGACGCCUUCCCCCUGCGCCAGGUCUCGCGCGUCCCGGACCCCGCCGCCCUAUACGCCGAGCUAAUCUCCCUAAUCCUGCGCCUGGCGCGCCACGGUCUGAUCCACGGCGACUUCAACGAGUUCAACAUCCUGAUCAAGGAGGAGCCGGAGAAGCCGGAACAGUCCGCCGAGAGCGAUGCGGUGGAGAAAGAGCACGAGAAGGACAAUUUCGCGGCGACGCCGAUCCUAAUCGACUUCCCCCAGAUGGUAUCCAUGGAUCAUCAGAAUGCCGAGAUGUACUUCGACCGCGACGUCAAUUGUGUCAAAAGGUUUUUCGAACGCCGCUUCCACUUCGUCAGCACACAGCCAGGGCCGUUCUUCAAGGAUGCCAAGAAGACGGUAGGAAAGGACGGGGCCAAGAGGCUCGAUGCUGCAGUCGAGGCAUCGGGCUUUUCAAAGAAGGCGCUAAAGGACUUGGAGGCUGCCAUCAGGGAACAGCAGGCGACAAGAGGAGACCAUGCCGGUUCGGGAGGAGAACACGAUGAUUUAUCUACGAGCGAAGACGAGGAUGACGAUGAGGAUGGAGAGGAGGAUGAAGAUGAGGAUAAAGACGAAGUUGAAGAUCCCGAGGCAGACAAUCUGAGUGCUGUGGGUAAUGAUCAAGGAACUAAUGCCUCUUUCACAGGCAUAGAAAAACUUUCAAUCGGAAAUGAGACGUGAUCACUAAAUAGCUAUAAAAGAUAAGCUUAAUUGAUACCCCAUCCAUACAAUACCUCUUACCUCAUAAAUAACGAUGUCUAUAGGUAUAGACCGUAAGCUACGAUCUAUUGCCGGACACUUUCAUUAAUC